AUGUUAUUACUGCCAAACAGAUAUUGUCUGCGAAACUCUAAGUUUAAAGAUAAGUUCACUUUUUAUCUAUCUAUCUAUCUAUCUAUCUAUCUAUCUAUCUAUCUAUCUAUCUAUCUAUCUAUCUAUCUCUAUCCGUCUCUUUCUCUUUCCUUCUCUUUCUGUCUCUCUCCCUUUCCUUCUCUUUCUAUUUCUCUCUCUUUCUUCUCUUUCUUUCUUUCUUUCUUUCUCUCUCUUUCCUUCUUUUUCUAUCUCUCUCUUUCCUUCUCUUUCUAUCUCCCUCUCUUUCCUUCUCUUUCUUUCUCUCUCUCUUUCAUUCUCUUUCUAUCUCUCUCUUUCCUUCUCUUUCUAUCUCUCUCUCUUUACGUCUCUGUUGAAGAGGGAUUCCGUUUUCGGAUGCUUUGCUGCAACUGUUCGGACAUUCCUCGUUCCUAUGUCGUAUUCUUGGCUGCUCCAUUUUCGGGCACUAUGUGGCUGCUGGUUGAGUUUUGCGGAGUUAAAUUAGUACGUGUUGACUUGUCGGUGGCCCAGGAAAAAAAGGGGCCGUGA